AACACAUUUGCUCGUUGUUGUUGGGCUGCAACUGGCUGUCUAAAAUGGGUUCCACAGCACGUGCUCGCCUUAUUAUUUAUCUUUCUGACUCUCUGUCUCUUUGCUGGCGCUCUCUCCCAAGUGCGCUCUCCCGUUCUCCCUCUCGCGCUGCUGACCAAAACACACAAUACGGUCGCCAGUAUACGCUGAACCCUCGUUCUGGGCGAGCGGUCUCGGGUUUGGGUUCGCGCUUGUUUAUGCCGUUGUAAGAGCGAACCGAUAUUAAACGCCACACACACGCUCGCACACCACACACACUGACACACGCACGCACAAAUAUACACACACACACACACACACACACACACACACAUAAAUAUACAAACUCACACCAAGAUGUGCAAAUUUUUGGACUUGGGCCUUGGCAUUUCCAUAAUCAAUGUUUUCUACUCGCUAACAUAUUUUUUAAUGUGGUGCGUGGCGCAGCAGCAUACCAUUGACAAUGACAUCGAGCCAUUUGUUUGGCUGAGUGUUUACACUUUCAACAUAUUCCUCAAUGUAUAUCUCUUUCUGGGCCUGCGGAAGAGAGAUCGCCUGGCAGUCAUAAUAUGGUUCUCUUUCACGCUGCUCUGGUUCGUGCCUAAACUGUAUGAUCACAAGAGGGGUUGUCGACUGGACGAGCGGGGCUCAACGUACCAAGUGUUCAAUCUAAUUGUGGAAGGCUAUGUGACUAUCUCGUUGCUUGUCCUCAUUGUGGCUUACAUAUAUUUUCCCAAGUGGGGGCAUAAGACAAAUCCAGAUCCACACGAAAUUCAAAUGUUAGAGUUGACCAUGGCAACCCUUGCCACCGAGCAGGAAAAACAAAAAUGCAUGCCAAAAAUCUGCAGCAAUUUGGAUCCACAGGUCAGCAGCUUUGAGUUCCAUCGGGCUGCUGACGUCAGCGACGAUUAGCAUGUGGUACAAAUGUACCAAGCGAAACUGCAGCAUUCCCGCACAAUAUUCGACGCAAUAUUUUAUUUCUGAAAAUGGUGUCGUAAAUUCCACAAGCGUUCCAAAACAGCAAACACAUAUAUUUACUAACUAUGGAUUAUGGACUAUACAUAAGCAAACAUAUAUUGUUAAAUUGUUAAUUUUUUUAGGGUACAUAUUCAAAUGGUAGACAAUAAAUUAAGUGCGACAUGCUGUCGCAAUUUAUCAUGCACAAUUUAAAUAUUUAAUUU